CCCGGUCCUGGACCAUUUGCCUUGCCGCUCGCUGUCUUUUUCAUCCCCUAACCUGCACCUGACAUACCUACACCUCGGCGCGCAUUGUUGAAGGAGAGAGUGUGUGCCAGCCAUCCUUCCCUCACUCAUUCUUCGCCAGCUUUGGCUUUCUCCCAUCUCAUCUUCCUCUUCGACACCUUGCGAUAGUGCGUGCACCUGUCUUCGAAGCACCAGUUGCGAUAUUGCGCUGCCCCCUCCCCCCGCCAACAUGGCCGCCUUUGUCAACUCGACCGUGAUCAACACGGCCUUCAACCACACCCAGCCCUACUUCAGCGUCCUCGAGGAGGUCUCCAAGUACAAUGUCCAACUAAACUAUUUCGAGCGCCUCUGGGCUGCUUGGUAUCUCUGGAUGCAAAACGAUAUCCUCGCUACCGGCAUCAUGAGCUUCGUUAUGCACGAAACUGUCUACUUUGGCCGUAGUCUGCCCUUCAUCAUCUGCGAUCUCAUUCCCUGGUUCCACAAGUACAAGAUUCAACCCCAAAAAAUGCCGACACUCAAGGAGCAGUGGGACUGCGCCAUGGUCGUCCUCAUUAGUCACUUCACCGUUGAACUGCCCCAGAUCUGGCUCUUCCACCCCGUCGCCACGUGGUGCGGCAUGGAAUACGGCGUUCCCUUCCCGCCUCUCUGGAAGAUGGCUAUGCAGAUCUCCAUCUUCUUCGUCAUGGAGGAUACCUGGCACUACUGGUUCCACCGUGCCCUGCACUACGGACCCCUCUACAAGGCUAUCCACAAGCUUCACCACUACUACUCGGCCCCCUUCGGUCUUGCUGCGGAAUACGCCUCGCCUAUUGAGGUCAUGCUCCUCGGCAUCGGCAUCGUUGGCUCGCCUAUCUUCUGGGUCACCCUCACUGGUGACCUCCAUCUCCUGACCAUGUACAGCUGGAUCGUUCUCCGCCUCUUCCAGGCCAUCGACGCUCACAGCGGCUACGACUUCCCUUGGAGUUUGCGUCACUUUCUUCCCUUUUGGGCCGGCGCCGACCACCACGACCUCCACCACGAGAAGUUUAUUGGCAACUACGCCUCCAGUUUCCGCUGGUGGGACUACUGCCUUGACACCGAGGCCGGUCUCGAGGCCCACAAGAAGCGCCGCGAGAAGAAGCUCAAGGCUAUCAAGGCCCAGAAGGCCCAGUAAACGCGCCGUUUGCUUGUUGGCUCUUGGCCUCCCGAGACGCUGUGUUGGCUGCGUUGACGGAGAACGGCGCGCUCACGUGCAUGCGCUUCGAGCGUGGCUCUGGACACCGGUUGGCUGUCUCAUGAUACGAUGUAUAGAAGCGGCGGGACCGGACACCGCAAGGACGCGAAAUGAUACAGGCCCGACACCGAGGCCUCGAAGUCUACGUAAUUAUUCAUUGGGGCGGCGUUUGAAGAGGGAUUGACGGUUGUGCACCAAGAAAAGGGCAACCGCUGCGGAAUCUUGUCGCACAUCAUGGGAAGGCCGCCCAGGAAAAUGGCAUUGUAGUAGAUUACUUAAUUACGGUACAACAUUCAGUCUUUAUUUU